UCCAAGAUGGCGACGAUUUGUUAACGAUCGUAGCGAAAUCAAAUAUAUGUUAUUAUCAAAUCUUGAUGGUUUUUAUAAUGUUACAAUCAAUUAAUAUAAUUAGUUAAAUGAGAGAAGAAAAUGGAGGAGCAUCCAUUUGAUCUUCAAGCUUACGAACCACCACUUUCCCUAUGGAGUUUAGUGGAACAACAUGUCAGUCCAUAUGAACAAACAGAGAUAAAAAAUAUGUUAGGAGAAUCAUUGGUGGAUCAGAGUUUAGAACUACAUGCUGAGAUUGAUACCUUGUUAGAAAUAUGGCGAGAUUACAGAUAUGAAACUGAUGACAUGCAGCCAGCUAAAAUUCUCCCAGAACCCCCAGGGCUUCGUGGUAGACUUAUACAAGAAAUACAAUUUUUUGUUGAUAAUGUGAAAGAAAAAGCACAAAAUCAGGGAAUGAAUCCUGACAGGGUAUUGAACACAAAAUAUAAUAUGGAUGUAAUUGAUUAUGCAUUAGAUAGUUCAAGACCCGGAACAGGAAGACCUGGCUCUGCAAGACCAUGUUCAGCGUUUUCUAGAGAAGGAAGAGAUACUCCUAUGAUAACCAGUCCUACUGGUAGUGAUAGAGCCUCUUUUGCAUCCACUUUAAGUGAAGAAAUAGAAUCAAUGAAUGAUAAAUUGAAUUAUCUGAAGUUUGAUGAAUGUGUCCAGCAUUUAAGAUCAACAUUAGAAGAGGAAAAUGAGAUAUUAUUAAGAGAUAUAAGAUUCUUAUAUGAAUGUAUUGAUGAUGAGGCAGAAUUCAGGGCAGAAAAACAGGGUACAGUGUCCAGGGAACCUACAAUAUUAGAUUUGCAACAAGAAAGAUCCAAGAUGGAGAAAGAACUGCUAAAUAACACUGUAGUCUCAGUAUCUAAAAAGGGUACAGGACCUCGAAACAUUGCUUCAAUAAAGAAACUUGGACCUAUUGAAUCUCCAAAAAUAAGAAUAAGAAACAUAGAUAGCCCACCUGUUCCAAUAGUGACCAGAGAUUGUGAAUCACCUAAAAAUCCUCAUGAACUAAACAUUACUAAUUCACCAAGACAAGGUUCUCCAACUAUAUUGUCUUCCACUUCUAAAAAUAGACCUUUAAAGGCAUCACAUGAUAUAAAACUUGUUAAUCAGUCAGCUGAUAAUUCUAUUUCACCUGGUGAUAGACUCAAAUCUGGGUCAGGCAACCAGGUAAGAGGUAGACGUAAUGUUAUGACAAUGAAGGAGGGAAUUAAUGGAGCACAGAUUGUGACUUUAGGUAUGCCAUCAGAUCAGGGAAUUACACAUGUACCUUCUCCACCUCCUCUUUUAGAGAGGCCACGUUCUGCUCAGAGAUUUAGAAAAAUGGUGAUGGACUGUCGAGACACGUGACAGAAAAGAAGUAUUUAAUAAAAAAUGUGAUUCAUUCCUAAAAGAAGUCUGUGAUACUGACACAUAUUUAAGUAUGUGAUAAUGGAAAUAUAUUGAAGUUGGCAUUUUUGACUUAAUUAAGACAAGCUUCCACAAAACCUAAAGAAGAAAAAACAUCUUCUUAGUGCAUGUCAUUCAUAAGAGAAGUAAACAAAUCUUUUCAAAAUGUUAAAUAGUGUGCUAUGAUGUUGCCAGUAUUAAUAUUUGAUUUAAUGAAACAUGCAUUUGGUCAUAUUUUAAUGAGCCUGACAACAUAUUGAUUUCCUCAAUAUUCCUCUACUUGCCUAUGUUUGAAAAAUAGUUGCACCAAGUGUUUAUUUCUUACUCAUUUGUCAUCAGUGUGUAUUUCAUAAUUUUAUCAUUGAGUGCUGUUGUUAUAUUGCUUUGUUAAGAAAUGUCUUGUUUUAUAUUUCUGUGUAGCUGACAACAGUGACUGCUGAAAAAUUGUAAUUUAUUUAUAAAUGUAUUAAAUUGUGCACAUUGUACACUUUUCAGAAUGAGUGCUAUUAAAAUUGAUUGUGCAAG